CAUAAAUUAAAAAACCCAAAAAAGAACACGAAAGCACUUUUUAAAAACAGUGGUGCUGUCUUUAUAAUAUACAAUUUAAGUAUUUCUCAGUAGUAUGUCUGCGGGUUGCAUGCUUGUAACUGGUGGUGCCGGCUUCAUUGGUACCCACUGUGUCAUAGAGAUGGUAAAAGCUGGCUACACUCCUGUUGUAGUUGAUAACAUGGUGAAUGCAAAUGCAGAGAGUAUACGUAGAGUGGAAGAAAUAGUGGGGAAAAAGAUAGAUUUUUAUACUGUAGACUUGUUAGAUAAGGAAUCGCUCAACAAUGUCUUCAAGAAAAAUAAAUUUGAUGGCGUGCUCCACUUGGCUGGUUUGAAGGCAGUGGGAGAAUCAAUGGAAAUACCUCUCAUGUAUUAUAAAAACAAUAUUGUUGGAACUAUCAACCUGUUAGAGGUGAUGAAGGAACACAAUGUGAAAAAUCUUGUCUUCUCCAGUUCAGCGACUGUUUAUGGUACACCAGAAUACCUGCCAUUAGAUGAGAAGCACCCUGUGGGAGGAUGCACAAACCCUUAUGGAAAGUCAAAGUAUUUCAUUGAGGAAAUCCUGAUGGAUAUCAGCAAAGCCGACAAGUCUUUCAACAUUGUCAUCUUGAGAUACUUCAACCCUGUUGGUGCUCACAAAUCUGGAAUGAUUGGGGAAGAUCCAAAUGGCCCUCCUGCCAACCUCAUGCCCUUUGUAGCCCAGGUAGCGGUAGGACGUCGUAAAGAGCUCAAGGUGUUUGGCUGUGAUUAUGACACUCCUGAUGGAACUGGUGUGAGAGACUACAUCCAUGUUGUUGACCUUGCUGUUGGACAUGUUGCUGCCCUCAAGAAGCUUGGAGAGAAUUGUGGUUGUAAACUGUACAAUCUUGGAACUGGCAAAGGCUUUUCUGUUCUUGAAAUGGCCAAGGCAUUGGAAAAAGCUUCUGGGAAAACUAUUCCGUACGUUAAAGUAGACCGGCGACCAGGAGACCUUGGCAGUGUUUAUUCCUGCACUAAAUUAGCCGAGGCAGAGCUUGGGUGGAAAGCAGAGCGUGGCUUGGAUGAGAUGUGUGAAGAUCUUUGGAAUUGGCAGAAAAAAAACCCUUACGGCUACAAGGGCAAAGAGUAGAUCAUGCAUUUAGGGUGCUAACUUAAAAAUGCCUGUCAGGUGCCAAGGACAAUCAAAAUAGAAAUAAUUUCUUGGGACUAAAUAUAUCCUUGAACAAUGGCUUGGUGGACCUCUGUCUGUUCAACUAUAAUUCCAAUGGGCGAGCACUAUUCUUCUUGUAGAAAUAAUUUUUGUCCUUGAUGGGGUAGUAUUCUAUCUGUAAGGUCUACAUUCCAAAGAAGAUUACUUAUACUUGGGUCAAGAGAGCCUGCCCAAACUGCCUAAAUGUUCACUGAAAUGUCAAUUUCUUAAGGCCAGAUAACUUAUGUAUUCUAAUACUUUAUUUGGCCAUUUAACUUAGGUAAUUUGGAUGGUGUACUAAGAUGAAGGUCAACUUAUUCUUGAUUUACAUACACCUGUAUCAUAUAUUUAUGAUAUCAUAUAUUUAUAGUACAAUGUGUUUAUGCUUUUCUUGGAAAAGAGUUGGUUUUUGGUUGUGCAUGUAAAAAAUCAUAUGGGAAACUGAGAUGUUUCAUUUGUCUUUCUCGGACAAAGAAUGACACAGAAGUGUAUCUUUUUCAGAAGGGCUUAAUCAAACUCAUGAUGUUAUAACUAUGAACAAUGAAUGGUAACGACUAAGAAAGGUGGCAACAAAGCUUCUGUGAUGAGUUUGUGUUCACAAAAGGUAGUUAAUCCUAUCGUCCAUCAAAUUCUCAAUCAUUGUCAUCGACGUACUACUUAUUUAUAAAUAGAGAUUGGACAUUUUAUGCUCUUUUGAAACAUCGGUUUAUUGAACCCAGUAAUGGGGAUAUUAGGCAUACUCCAGCUGAUAUAGUGAAAUUGUAGCCGAUUUGCGAGUGGUUGAUUAACGUUACUUUGAUGGAUAUUAUGUAUUAUCUGAAUUGUCAUCAUUCCUCUUGCCUGGUAUGGAGGAAGAAGGUAAUGACUGUCCAUAUUCCUAGAUCCUGGGUUAAGGUGUGUGAAUAUUUUGACUGCCAGUCUAUAUUUUUUGUUUCCAAACUAUGCAAUCUUGGUGAUAGAACUGGGGUUAAACCAGUUUUGGUCUUUGUUUAAAACUAACCUACAUACAUGUAUCUAUGUAAUUGAUGGUGCCAGAAUAUAAUAUAGA